CCCUCUCCAUCCUCACUGUCUCCUACACCCUCUCCAUCCUCACUGUCUCCUACACCCUCUCCAUCCUCACUGUCUCCUACACCCUCUCCAUCCUCACUGUCUCCUACACCCUCUCCAUCCUCACUGUCUCCUACACCCUCUCCAUCCUCACUGUCUCCUACACCCUCUCCAUCCUCACUGUCUCCUACACCCUCUCCAUCCUCACUGUCUCCUACACCCUCUCCAUCCUCACUGUCUCCUACACCCUCUCCAUCCUCACUGUCUCCUACACCCUCUCCAUCCUCACUGUCUCCUACACCCUCUCCAUCCUCACUGUCUCCUACACCCUCUCCAUCCUCACUGUCUCCUACACCCUCUCCAUCCUCACUGUCUCCUACACCCUCUCCAUCCUCACUGUCUCCUACACCCUCUCCAGCCUCACUGUCUCCUACACCCUCUCCAUCCUCACUGUCUCCUACACCCUCUCCAUCCUCACUGUCUCCUACACCCUCUCCAUCCUCACUGUCUCCUACACCCUCUCCAUCCUCACUGUCUCCUACACCCUCUCCAUCCUCACUGUCUCCUACACCCUCUCCAGCCUCACUGUCUCCUACACCCUCUCCAUCCUCACUGUCUCCUACACCCUCUCCAGUCUCACUGUCUCCUACACCCUCUCCAGUCUCACUGUCUCCUACACCCUCUCCAGUCUCACUGUCUCCUACACCCUCUCCAUCCUCACUGUCUCCUACACCCUCUCCAGUCUCACUGUCUCCUACACCACCCUCUCCAUCCUCACUGUCUCCUACACCCUCUCCAUCCUCACUGUCUCCUACACCCUCUCCAUCCUCACUGUCUCCUACACCCUCUCCAUCCUCACUGUCUCCUACACCCUCUCCAUCCUCACUGUCUCCUACACCCUCUCCAGCCUCACUGUCUUCUACACCCUCUCCAUCCUCACUGUCUCCUACACCCUCUCCAUCCUCACUGUCUCCUACACCCUCUCCAUCCUCACUGUCUCCUACACCCUCUCCAUCCUCACUGUCUCCUACACCCUCUCCAUCCUCACUGUCUCCUACACCCUCCAUCCGCCUCACUGUCUCCUACACCCCCUCACUGUCUCCUACACCCUCUCCAUCCUCACUGUCUCCUACACCCUCUCCAUCCUCACUGUCUCCUACACCCUCUCCAUCCUCACUGUCUCCUACACCCUCUCCAUCCUCACUGUCUCCUACACCCUCUCCAUCCUCACUGUCUCCUACACCCUCUCCAUCCUCACUGUCUCAUACACCCUCUCCAGUCUCACUGUCUCCUACACCCUCUCCAUCCUCACUGUCUCCUACACCCUCUCCAGACUCACUGUCUCCUACACCCUCUCCAUCCCCACUGUCUCCUACACCCUCUCCAUCCUCACUGUCUCCUACACCCUCUCCAUCCUCACUGUCUCCUACACCCUCUCCAGUCUCACUGUCUCCUACACCCUCUCCAUCCUCACUGUCUCCUACACCCUCUCCAUCCUCACUGUCUCCUACACCCUCUCCAUCCUCACUGUCUCCUACACCCUCUCCAUCCUCACUGUCUCCUACACCCUCUCCAUCCUCACUGUCUCCUACACCCUCUCCAUCCUCACUGUCUCCUACACCC